AUGGGACUCGGUCAGGACAAUCUCGACUCUGAGAGCUCUCCAGUUCUUGUAGCUGAAACCGCCGAAGAUGUUCAUCGCGUCAUGCGCGACAUUCCCGAUCGACAGAUCAUCGACUUUCUGGUGCAAUUCUUUGUAAGAGAGAUCAGCUGGAUGGAUCAGGUAGUCCACGUUCCGUGGCUGAUGAGCAAGUAUCAAGACUGGUGUAACACACUUUCGGCAGAGGAAUGCCGUGCUGCUGACGCCAACGACGUACCCAGGCAAAUCCGCGUGAUGGACGUGGAUUUUGUCGUCCUGUUGCUUCGCAUUGUCUCAUAUGCCUUGCAAUUCCUACCUUCUCCGAUUUAUCCACUCGAUCGGAUCCGUGGUGUGCUGCUUGCCGAUGUGCGCAAUGAGUGCGAUGAUAUCGCCAAUACUCUGGAGGCCAUGAGCUGGGCGCUCGAUGGCCGAGGAUCCUUGAUUCGAGUCCAUCAAGUUGCAUUUGCCGCGCUCAAGUCCCAAACCGAAGGCAACAUCAAGGCCUGCUGGGAAACCGUGAGUCGUGCUAUUCGCAUCGCCCAGAGCAUAGGUAUUCACAGCGAUAGCGUAACCGCGAUUGGGGCGAAUGAAACCGAAAAGGAAAUGGCUCGUCGCAUCUUCUGCAACCUUUACGCCUGGGACAGUCUUCUUUCGCGCCAGCUAGACCGCAUGCACGCACUUCCAGGCCGCCUGCACCCCAGAAACUGGCCUCAGCUGCACGCUCUUCCCGAGUACAGAGACAGGGGAGAACAAACACCACCAACAAUGUCCCUCAACCGCGGCCUGGAAGCGCCCGACCCCUUCACUGAACGGCUUCUCCAAGCCCGUCUGGCCGAUUUUUGGCGGAGCGUCAGCCCCUUGCAGGGCAACGAAGAUGACAUUAUGGCAGCUGAAGAGCGAUACGACAAGUUUUCGCGCGAGUUCCUCUCCCAGCUCCCUCCAGCAUUCGCUCUUGCCGACGCAGACGAGUCGUGGGACAGACUCUUGCCCAAACUACCUCUCCAGCGACAAAUGCUCCACAUGGCCAUCUACGACUCGUUAUGCUGGAACUUCCGACCGCUGCUGUUUUGGCAUCCCUCGAGUUCGUUGUCCUUGCCCCCUUACAAGGUACUCCUCCUGAGAUACCAGAAGAGAGGUGUGGCCGGUGCUGCUUUGCGGUCACUCGAGGCUGUCACGCGUUUGCAUGCACUCUUGGGGGGCUGCCAUACUCGGCUUCCGGGCAUCGUCAUGUCGACCUUUGAGGCGGCUGUGCUGCUGCUGCAAUUAUUGGCGGAUCCAUCGUUUCCGGAAGAUGACAGCUGCUUGAGCAUGCAUCAGCAGCAGCAGCAGCAGCAGCAGCAGCAACAGCACAUCACACCCCGAUUGGACCCAAUGCGGGCGAACGCACACAUGGUCAAUAGGGCAGCUUGCAUGGAGGCUGUAGAAGGAGCGGUCAAGCGGCUCAAGAUGCUUGCGGAGGUGAGUGGCCUCGCGGAUAUUGGGGCAAACACGCUGGUAGAGCUGCUGAGAAGGACGACAACUUUGGAAGAAGGAAGUCGCACAGAGGUGGUAGCAAACAAUCAACUGCCCCUGGAGACGGAUGUGAGCACAUCAAAAGACCUAACAGCAGGGGCGAUGAAUGAUACGAUCUAUGUGGCAACCCAGGACCACGCCGGCCUGCAGGUGCCCCAGGGUCAAGGGCAGGAGGUCGAGUCUGCCGAGAGCUUGCACGAUACCCCCAGGACGACUACAAGCUCUCUGGCGGGUGAGACGGUGGUAGACGAGGCUACCAUGGUCACGGGCUGGAAUGUCGCAUCUGACGAGUCGAUUGAUGUGAGCUUGUCGAUGGAUAUGCCCUCCUCCCUGCAGGACUUCAUGUCGACGAUGACGGUGGGGGAUAUGGCGACCUGGUCUGCAUUUGAUGAAUCCAGCAUCUUUCCGCCGGAAUCUGAGUACGUAGGCGACAUCCCAGCGACAGAGACAUUCAAAGGUUGA